AUGAAGAUUAGCAUGCUUAAGAAGACAUUGACUUUCAAACUCUUACAGGCUCUUACUCAAAUGUCUAUACACAAGCAAGAAUCUCUGCCAUCUGAACAGGCUUCUGAGUUCCUGAGAUCACUUCUGAAGAAGUCGCUGAUCAACAUCAACAUAGAGUGUGUAUUAACUGUAAUCAAUCAGAACACAUUGCUUUCAACUGCUGAUCAACCUAUGUGCCUUCUUAUUCAAAGAAUGAAUCAGCGCCUAUUAGCUUCUAUUCAAAUUCAUAAACAGAAGCUUGAAGAGAUCAAACAACAACAAUUUGAAGACAAGAUGACAAUGAAUGUGAUUCUUGUAUUCACUGUGAUUAAUAACAUGUAUAAUAUGAAGACCAUGAUAGACAGUGGUCUAUGCUACUAUGCAAUGAUAAAAUCUUCAGUCAUAAGAUGUUAUAAUCUUCAGCAUAUCCCUCUAUUAAAACCUCAACUUCUCACAGAAUUUGAUGAUUCAAAAGACAUUUGUACUCAUUACAUGAUGAAGCUGAUCAUAGAUGUAGAAGAACAUCAAUGUGAAGAUGUCUACAUAUAUAAAGUUGAUAAUCUUGAUUAUAAUCUUAUAGUCUAUGAAGAUGACAUUUACAAGAUCAUGGAUCUGACACAGAUCUCUGCCAAUGCAUAUGAAAUACUCUGA